AUGCGCUUCUCCACGGUCGCCUGUGUGGCGCUGCUGGCGCUCUGCGCGACGGCCCAUGUCGCGAGUGCUGAUGGGGGUGGUGGCAACAUCCUGUCAGGCAACACCAUCAACCAGGAGGCCGUCGCCAUCAACAAGGACCUCAACGCCGUGGUGGUGAACGCCGGCAAGAACGGCAAGGGUGUGGCCGAAGUGAAUGCAGCCAACGUCAUCAGCCAGAACGCCCGCAUUGGCCGCCACCUGCUGAACGGCGGCAAUGGGUUGCACGUUCGUGUUGGCAGGCCCGCCAAGGGUGGCAACAUCCUGUCUGGCAACACCGUCAGCCAGGACGCUAUCGCCAUCAAUGACAACCUCAACUCGGUGGUGGUGAACGCUGGCAAGAACGGCAGGGGUGUGGCCAAAGUGAACGCAGCCAACGUCGUCAGCCAGGACAUUAACGUUGGCCGCCACCUGCUGGACGGUGGUCACGGCCUUCGUGGCAGGCCGGCCAAGGGUGGCAACAUCCUGUCAGGCAACACCAUCAACCAGGAGGCUGUCGCCAUCAACGACAACAUCAACGCUGCGGUGGUGAACGCCGGCAAGAACGGCAGGGGUGUGGCCAAAGUGAACGUAGCCAACGUCAUCAGCCAGGACGCCAGCAUUGGCCGCCACCUGCUGGAUGGCGGGCACGGCCUUCGUGUUGGCAGGCCUGCCAAGGGUGGCAACAUCCUGUCUGGCAACACCGUCAGCCAGGACGCUAUCGCCAUCAACAAGGACCUCAACUCGGUGGUGGUGAACGCUGGCAAGAACGGCAGGGGUGUGGCCAAAGUGAACGCAGCCAACGUCGUCAGCCAGGACAUUAACGUUGGCCGCCACCUGCUGGACGGCGGUCACGGCCUUCGUGGCAGGCCGGCCAAGGGUGGCAACAUCCUGUCAGGCAACACCAUCAACCAGGAGGCCGUUGCCAUCAACAAGGACCUCAACGCCGUGGUGGUGAACGCCGGCAAGAACGGCAGGGGUAGGGCUGAGGUGAACGCAGCCAACGUCAUCAGCCAGGACGCCAGCAUUGGUGGCAACAUCCUGUCAGGCAACACCAUCAACCAGGAGGCCGUUGCCAUCAACAAGGACCUCAACGCCGUGGUGGUGAACGCCGGCAAGAACGGCAAGGGUGUGGCCGAAGUGAACGCAGCCAACGUCAUCAGCCAGAACGCCCGCAUUGGCCGCUGA